CUCCUCCCAAGCACAGGGCUGAGAACCGCCUUUCAGGGUGGGGACAGCACCCAACUGCUCUUGCUGUGGCAAGAGGUCAUCCUGUCCCGCAGGCCAGCAGUGACCUGAGGGGUCAGCCUGGGGCAUGGAGCAUGGGGGGCUUCUCAGCAGGUGAAGGGUGGUGGGCUGCCCGGGCUUGCCAGUGGGAAGAGGCUGUGUCUUCAGGCUAGCGCCGAUUUUAACUUUUGCUUUUACUUUUGCUUAGCUCCUGAUGAGAACAGCUUUGCUGAUACCUUACCGGGAAGCUCUGGAGGCCCAGAGCUUCCAGUGGUCCUGCUGGGGUGUGUGUGUGCGUGUGUGUGUGUGUGGGGGGGGGCUUCUUAGCAGAGCUGGGUCCUGACUGCAGUCAUGGGGGCUCUGCCAGGCUAGGGGGCCUCCUGACUAGGGUCAUGGGGGCUCUGCCAGGCUGGGGGCCUCGAUCCUGGAACCCCGUGCCCAAAGCCAACACCCUGAGGCUGUCUGGUAGGGUCACAGGGCAGACCUGCUGCUCCCUCAGACAUCUGCCUGCUGCCCAGGCGCUGUGCUUUCUCCUGCUGGGAUUCGCCCAACGCAGCCCUGCCCAGCCCAUGUGCAGAGAGGAGGAGUUUCCAGUGGCCUUGGAAUGCUGUCCCAAGUGCAGUCCAGGUUUCUAUGUGCGGUACAUAUGCAGCGAGGAAACCGGCACGGAGUGUGCACCCUGCCCUGAGGGGUCCUACACUGCCCACCCCAACGGCCUGGAGCAGUGCCUGCGCUGCCGGGACUGUGAGCCAGACAUGGGCCUGGUGACCAGGAGGAGGUGCUCCAGCACCCAGGACACCACGUGCGACUGCAGUCCAGGCCGCUUCUGCAAGGCUCGGGAAGGGGAUCACUGCGUCCUGUGCCAGCCCCACACCGCCUGCCACCCGGGCCAGAGGGUGAAGGAGAGAGGCAACAGCAGUCAGGACACACUCUGUGUUGGUUGUCCCCUGGGGACCUUCUCGCCCAAUGGGACCCUAGACCAGUGUCUGCCCUGGACCAGGUGCAGCGGGUGGCUUCAGUGGGAAACAGAGCCAGGGACCAGCAGCAAGGAUGCCACCUGCUCCUCGGGGCUCUCUAUGCUGGUGCUCUGCAUUGUGACCGCCCUUGUCCUCUUAUUUGUCACGCCUUUCCUGGCCGUCUGGUUAUGGAAGAAAAGGAAAAGGUUACGUGGCUUCAGAGCCCCAGUGACCAACCUCAACCAGGAGACACGAGGCAGGGCAGAGCACACUGCAAUGACCGAGGCCCUGCAGUCCCUGCCUGACGUCACCACCGUGGCUGUGGAGGAGACGGCUCCCCCGCUGAGGGGGAAGGACUCCCACUGCUAAUCCGGGCUGGGGAGAAGUGUCUUGGCCCUAGGACGGUACCGCUGGUGAGAGCUGGCACUUGCCCCAAGGCAGGGUGGCACUGAGGUUUCCACAGGCUGCCCACAGCCCUCAGCGGGCCCAGGGGGCUCCAGUCAGCCCUGGUGCAGCCCAGGCUCACACAGGAACUCGGCACCACGGGACAGUGCAGUGGCAGCCGCCCCUGACCCCAGGCCCCCUCCCGGCCCUCCCCAGCACUCACCUAGCCUGGUGUUCCACCUGCGGCCGGAGCCUGGGCUUGCUCAUUGGGAGGCCAGCCCACGGCUCUACCCGCGUCAAGGUGGGCUGGCCAUGGAGGUGGCAUCAAUCCCCUCUCCUGUCUUAUAAGCUCUGUUUAUACCCGGACGCCUCAUCACUGCAAAGGCCAUUUCUCAUCAGACCUCCACCUGCCAAGACUCCCGCCUGUGCUGUGAUCAUUUGGUGGCUGCCACAUGGAGCUGGGACCACGGCUCAGGCAUCCCCUGGCAGGAGUGGCGUCCCCUUCCAUUGAGUGCUCACAGACUCAUUCCCGGGCCUUGGAUGACCUCGGAGCUCCUCAACUUGCUCGCUGGGAUCAUCUUCACUGUUGUCCUUGUUUUUGUCGCUGGGGUCUCUGUGGGCGCCUUUACCACGGGGCCUUGAGUUCUGCAGCUCUGACCACCAUUCCACGAGGACUUGUGGCGCUCCU